AUGAACAGCGAAUUUAAACUAUCACAUAAAGCUAAAAAACGUAUCAAGGAAGUUAAGAGGAAAGCCAGGCCUGAACUAGUUGACAAACAUCAAUGGACGGCUUUAAAAUAUGCAGAAAACUUUGAAGAGUUCCUAAAAUGCAAUGACAAUGUGGAUCGAAUUAAUAUUAAUGAAGUUCCACAGGAUUUAUUUAUAGAAAAGUAUGAAAAAAUUUAUAAACCAGUUGUGAUUACUAAUGUACAGACUAAUUGGAGAGCUAAUCACAAGUGGACCCUAGACCGACUUGCCAAAAAGUACCGUAACCAAAAAUUUAAAUGUGGUGAAGAUAAUGAGGGUUAUAGUGUUAAGAUGAAAAUGAAGUAUUAUGUAGAGUAUAUGAGGACAACAAUUGAUGACAGUCCUCUUUAUAUUUUUGAUAGUAGUUUUGGUGAGCAUCCACGCAGAAAAAAGUUAUUAGAAGACUAUGAGGUGCCCAGUUAUUUUAGGGACGAUUUGUUUAAGUAUUGUGGGGAGGAAAGAAGACCACCUUACCGUUGGUUUGUAAUGGGUCCUCAGAGAUCAGGAACAGGAAUACACAUAGACCCUUUAGGUACUAGUGCAUGGAAUGCACUUGUGUUUGGUCACAAAAGAUGGUGCUUGUUCCCAACACAAACGCCAAGGGAUUUGAUCAAAGUGACUGGAGCUAUGGGUGGAAAGCAGAGGGAUGAGGCAAUUACUUGGUUCAAACUAAUUUAUCCCAAAACACAGUUGGACACAUGGCCUAAGGAGUAUAAACCAGUUGAAAUACUACAAAAGCCGGGUGAAACAGUAUUUGUGCCAGGUGGCUGGUGGCACGUUGUCCUUAAUCUGGAUGACACAGUUGCAGUGACACAAAACUUCUGCAGCCGCACAAAUUUCCCAGUUGUGUGGCAUAAAACAGUCCGUGGACGCCCCAAAUUGUCUAAGAAAUGGAUUAAAACCCUUGAGAAUAAAGAGCCUGAUCUAUACAAAGUUGCAAGUAGUAUGGACUUGAACCAGGGCACUGGUGUUGCUUCAGACAGUUCAUCUAACAGUAGCUCUUCUAGUAGUGACAGUGAUAGUAGCUCUUCAAACAGUUCAAGCGAAGAAGACAGUGGACAGGAGAGUAUUACUGCACACAAGAAGAAGAGAAAAAGGAAAGCCUGA